AUGGCAAAAAUCCCAUAUGCAUCAGUCGUGGGGAGCUUGAUAUAUGCACAGAUUUGCACGAGGCCAGCUAUUAGUUUUGCAGUUGGCAUGCUUGGGUGCUACCAAAGUAACCCAGGGAUGUCUCAUUGGAAAGCAGCAAAGAGGGUAUUGCGAUAUUUGCAAGGAACUAAGGAUUACCAGCUUACCUUCAAAAGAACUGACAUUCUGGAGGUAACUGGAUACUCAGACUCUGAUUUUGCUGGUUGCUCUGAUAGCAGGAAAUCCACUUUAGGUUAUGUUUUCCUACUGGCUGGUGGAGCGAUCUUAUGGAGAAGUAUGAAGCAAACAAUCACUGCUUCAUCUACAAUGGAGGCUGAGUUUGUGACAUGCUUUGAGGCCACAGUACAUGGAUUAUGGCUGAGGAACUUUAUUUCAAGACUUGUAGUUGUCGACUCUAUAGCUAGGCCGCUGAGAAUUUAUUGUGAUAAUUCCACUGAAGUAUUUUUUUUCCAAAAACGAUAG